AUGGCCAGGAUAGCCAAGCACUUUUUUUUAAGUUCGCUCUGCUCUGCUUCGUCCAGGGGGAGGGACAGCACGGCGCCAUGGCGACCUAUCAAGCUGCCGACGGGGCAAACGCACCAAACUUGCGCAAAAAGUAACGAAACAGCAGCAUCUGAUGGUUGUGUAUGGAUUGGUUAUCGUCACCACAUUGGCCAUGUUCAGAUGCACCCAUCUCGUAACAGCACAAUUCUAUGUACACUUACUUCAUUUCAUCCGCCCACCUUUCAACGUCCCGCUUCCGCGACCGUGUCUCGCUCCAACCUUCACCAUGACUCUCGUUGCCGGGUGUUACACAUGUAUGUAUCUUUAGCUUCGCGCUCAGCCGAUGAUUCGCGAACACCAGCAUUGCGAGACACGACUGCUUUACCCUCUUUGACCCGUUCGUUUCGGCCCUAUCUGCGUGCAAUACAAACACUUGCUGCUGCACGACUUGCACCGCGUAUCGCGUCCCGCCAUGGGGAUUUGCUCGAGCAAACUUCAUUCUUCCAGGCUUCCUUGAUCGCACUCAGGCUGCUGACCGCCUCGCAGCCGCACUCAAAGAGGCAACGGGUGAGUGGUUGUGAUCUGGUGGUGUUGCAGACCUCGCAUGCAUGCAGUCAUCCCUGCUGCCCUAGGAUUUUAGCCUCUUUCCCGGCGGUGAGCUAA